GCCAGUGGGAGGGAGGGAGUGCUGGAUGCUGCCUGCUGUUCAGGCCUGGGUGAAAUCCGGAGUUCAGUUUGCUUUUAAUCUCCCUGAGCCGGGGGGGGAUAGGGAGGGCAGUCUCCUCUGCAGGCAGACAGUAACUCUCCCCCUUCUCAUCGUGCCUCAGCCCUUUGGCAUUCCACUCAGUCAGAGCCGAGUAACAGUGCUGCAGCUUGGGUCUGUGUGUGUGUGUGUGUGUGUGUGUGUGUGUGCUCGUGUGUGUGUGUCUGUGUGCAUGCAUGUCUGUCUCUGAGUGUGUGUGUGUGUCUGUCUGACUCUGAGUGAGUGUGCAUGUCUCUGAGUGUGUGCGUGUGUGCGUGCCUGUCUGAGUGUGCUUGUGUAUCUCUGUCUCUGAGAGUUUGUCUGUAAUUUUCUGUCUCUGAAUGUGCCUGUGUGUGUGUGUCUGAGUGUGUCAGUUUCUGACUACGUGUGUCUGUGUCUGUCAGUUUCCGUCUGUGUGUGUGUCAGUCUCUGUCUGAGUGUGUGUCUGUCUGUGUCUCAGUCUCUGCCUCUGAGUGUGUGUGUGUGUGUGUGUGUGUGUGUGUCUCUGAGUGUGUCAGUUUCUAUGUGUGUCUGUGACUGUCAGUCUCUGUCUGAGUGUGUCUGUCUGUGUCUCAGUCUCUGUCUCUGAGAGUGUGUCUGUCUCUGAUUGUGUGUGUGUGUGUGUGUGUGUGUCAGUUUCUAUGUGUGUCUGUGACUGUCAGUCUCUAUCUGAGUGUGUGUCUGUCUGUGUCUCAGUCUCUGAUUGUGUGUGUGUUUGUGUGGCUGUCUCUGAAUGUGUGUGUGUAUGUGUGGGCCAGAGGAGGUGGUGAGACCAAGGUAUUGGAGGGAGGGGUGACUGAGGGGGAGGAUUGAAGGAGGGGGGGGGGAUCAAACCCUGCAGCUUCUCCCCCUUCUAAGCCCUCCUUCUCCACCCUCUCCCCUCCCCAUCCCUAUGCCUUUGCCACCUGGCUACACCCUGGUCGUCAUCCCCUUGCCCAGUCGCCUGGAAGCAACUGCUUUUUUCCUGUGGCUGAAGCGUAUGAAGGAGUUGGAGCAGCAGCGUGAUGCCCUGUGGUACGGCCUGGGUAUGGUGGAGCAGGCACGGGACUGGUACCAGCAGGAGAUCCACCAGGUCCAGCAGAGACUGAGGCACCGCAGCGAGACCUCCGGGGAGAAAGAACAGGCCUCCAUGUCUCUCGUGAACCAUCCAUCCCUCCUUCAGGACAAGAUCCAGCACGUCAACUGCUGCCUGAGUGACUUCAUCUCGAGCGCAGACAGGAUGUUUUUACCACACUGCCACACGGGACAGGCUGACCCAGAACCUCUGGCCCCGAGAGCGAAAGUCAGGAGGUCCCAGCGACAGGACCUGGAGGCACUGAAACAGCACAACUACUGGCUGACCAAGGUGUACCCUGAUAUGGAAACACAAGUAGGCCCCAAUCUUGUGUCUUCCCCUCACUGGGCUCGUCUGCUGGAUUCGUCACAACAAUUCAAAAUGAGGUUCCUCAACUGACCUGAUUUUGUUUUUAUUGAUUCAUGGGAUGAGGACAUCACUGGCUCAGCCAGAAUUUAUUGCACAUCCAAAAUUACCCAAAGGGCAGUUAGGAGGCAACCAUGUCAUUGUGGCUGUGGAGUAACAUGUAGGCCAGACCAGGUAAGGACAGCAGUUUCCCUUCCUGAAGGACAUUAGUGAUCCAGGUGGGUUUUUCCAACAAUGGAUUCAUGGUCAUCAUUAGACUCUUAAUUCCAAAUUUUCAAUCAAAUUCAGAUUCCACCAGCUGCCGUGGCAGGAUUUGAACCGAGGUCCUCAGAGUCUCUGGAUUAGCAGCCUAGCAGUAAUACAACUAGGCCAUCACUUCCCCAUGACCCAGGCUGCUCGAAAACAUAGACCAGGUUUCUCUGCUCAACAAGAAUGACUAAUUAUUACAAGUAACUCGACUCUAGCCUUAAGAAUUGGUUAAGCACAUUCGGACUAUAACACCUCAAUUCAACUCUAAUCCCUUCUAAACCUUUCCUUACACACAGACAUAACAGACGUAGAAGGGGAUGGGGAAAUUCACAAGGAGAAAACACUGACGAAUUGGUUCAGUAAUCUUUGUUCACAUGAUCUGUUGAGAUGGUUCCUGCUGAUCGGGAGGUUUUUGUUCUUUAUCAUUACAAAUCAACUGGUUUGUAAGAGACACAGAGUGGCUGGUUCCCUGACAAGAAGUCCCUGAUUUACCAGUUAAAAGUCACAACUGCUGAAGGCAAGAUUAACUUCAGGUUUAAGAUGAGUUUUGGCUGCAGAGAACAGAGAGAUACCUCCAGAGCUUGUGGUGAUCUGACCCCCGCUCUCUAUCUUGUUCUCAGCCACCAUAGCUCCCCAUUUCCCUAAGCUACCAGUUACCUGUCAACCAAUCACAUGGUUACGGCUGGGCAAAAGGGCUUUGUCAUCAACAACUGGUCACUAGUCCUUUGACCAAUCAACACUUUUGUCCAUUUGGAUUCAGAACCCUUGGUCUUCUGUUAGCCCGCAGUCAAUUCCAUAACUGUUUGCUCAAGCAGCUGUGGGAACACUGCUUGUUGUGAGAGUACGCUUUCCAAAACAUCAAGCAAUUUACGUGCAGGGAUUCCUUCACCUUUCAGUCCACAACGUAAAAAUAGACGACAGUAAAGAGGCACAGUC